AAGUCAAUGCGGGUUUUAUUUUGAAGGCAAUUUCCGGACGAACGUGUUGUUUUGUUAAAAUCGUUUAAUUGGCAAACUAAGUGGCGUUUUGAACUCACUCUGCUGCCUCACAUCGAGGACACCUGGCUCUCUGCUGGUUGAUUCAUUUGCAUUAACCUGACAACACAACAAAUACACCUUUUUUACUUUAUCCAGGUGCAAAUAAGUUUGCACCAAAUGUCAUGGCAUGUGGUGGAAGACGACAGCUCUCACUUCCAGAUCACAGGGAUAAUAGACAUGUGCCCAACAAUGUGGACCAGCUUGCUUUCAAAUACAUGGAGCUGUGUAAAGUGGAGUCCAGCACCGAUUCUGACUCGGAGAUCAGUCCAAGGUGGUCGGAUACCAGCACUAUGGGAUGUGUGAGCAGUACACCAGAGAGGGGGACUUUUCGGCGGUCAUUGCCGUUAACACACAAGCCUGCAGGAAGGCAUGGCUGUUAUUCUUUGUUUUUGGACCCCUACGAUGGGAGCUCUGAGGAUUCUGACCAGUCAAACAUUGAUGUGGGUGUCUCCAGCAGGAGAACAAGACAGAAGGGAAAAGGUGGAGGAGGAGGCUGUCGGUUCUCGGGUAGGAGCAGGAGAUUUAUCCUUCAUCACCCUGCUUCUGUUGCCCCCAGAGAAGUGGCAAAAAAUGGGAUGAGAGAGCCUGUAACAGAGCAGCAGCAACAUCUUUUGGACGUCAAGAUGAAAUGUGGGAGUGACUCCGAGCUGUUUGUCUGUGACAUUAUGCCCUCCCACAGUGACAGGGACGGUUGUAGAGAUCUUAAAGAGGAAAUGGCCAAUGAUUCAACAAUGCACAGCCAAACCGUAGACGUAGAAAUGCAUUCCCAAUUUGAAGAUUCAGGUUUGCAUGUUACAAGGCCCUCCACAUCCCACACACCUGGACCUGUAACCCCAGUGGGAGGGAGUUCAUCCCAGAUGCUGGCUAGCUCCUCUGAGACAUCCCCCUGCCCCUGUAACCUCAGAUCGAUUUACAAGAGAAAGCUGGGUUUCCCUGGAGCAGAAGUGAUGGAGCUGGGGCAAAGAAAGAGGCAGUGUGUUGUCAACAUGGAUGACCAACAAAAAGAAAGGGACUCUGCAUCUGAACCAUGGUAAAGCCACCUAAUCAUGGACUGGACUGACAGAUGGAAGUACUGCAGUCAUUUUCAAUGCCUUAAACUAUUUAAGGUAGAAUGAAAGACUAUAAAUAGUUACUUUGCAAUGCACUUUGUUUUCUUAUGUAUAGAUAAAACAGUGUAGAGACCUGAGGGUUAAUAUUUGUACCUCCAGUUAUUGAGUUUCUCACAUGUCACAUAAUGUACUGAUUGUCUUUCAGCGGUUAUGAUUUUUGAUGGAAGAAUAAAGUCUCCAGUUGACCAAAGUACAACCUAUGCACUGGUAAUGAAGAAACUGAUUUUUUUUUCCAUCUGCCAAUUAAAGAAAAAACUAUGUUAUAA